UGUCCACAGACAGACAGACAGCCAUAUAAACACCCCAAAAUGGUGUCUGUGGUAGUUCCUGCUACAGUUGGUGUCACCUGGACCACAUCGGUAAUGAUGACACACACACACACACACACACUCACAAGGUGAUAACAAUACCAUCCAUGAUAAUGAAAUACAAAAUAAUGAAUUGAGCUACAUCGUUUCAUUAUUUACCGUUUUAUAUAUUUACAUAAUGAAUUCACACUCAGCAUUAUUUCAUAAUGUCUCAUCUACCUAUUUUGUACCGUGGGGCUCCGUACUGGAGUUGUUCACAUCUGUUUGUCAGACUUCCUUUCCUGUGGGUUUUGGGGGGUUUCUGGGGUAUUUCAGAGUUGUUCGUAACAGGUGUGGUAUAGUAUCAGACACCUAUGAGACUGUUGUAAUGCUUAAAGAUGACUGGAUGCUGAGCAGCUCCAAGAUUAAGAAAUACAAAUGGUGCAGCUUUGUGAGUUUUAGAUGAAAGUGAACCCACAGCCACAUUAGCAGCUCUGUGUGGUUGUACUUGAAGCUCCAGUCACUUUAAAUCUGCCUCAACUUCAAAUAUCCCAUAUGUGGUAUUUCAACAUGGAGCCAUAAAAGGAUCUGAGUUGUUACUGUACAAAUCAAAGACAAACUAGAUAUACUGUAGUUUUGAAGGCACUAAAACCAACUUCUUAGUAACCGUAAACCUUCCCCUCAUACACCAAGACCGCUAGUGUGGGCACGUAUAAAUAUGACGUUGGUUUAACAGAAACUGUAUCCAGGGCAUUCAGCCUGUGCUCGACACCAGAAGAAGCAUUUCUAUCUGUCAGAUUUGCUCUUUUUCAUCUUCCUCCUUUAUUCUCCAUCCACGAUGACUGCUGACAGCAGCUUCAACACCUCCUGCUCCCUUAACUCCUCCAUGAACAACUGCUCCUCCUCAGAAACGUCUCCGUCCUCCAGCCUCCAUCCCUGGUACAUCGUCGCAGGUGUGCUGAUCUCAGUCAGUUGCGUGCUUGGUAUCCCUGCUAACAUCACCGUGAUAGUAAAACUCAGUCAGCAACUGCGGGGCUCCACCAUGUCGCAGCGCCUCUUCUUCAACCUGGCAGUGUCAGACCUCCUCUGCCUGUUCUACCUGACCGCUGGCGUGGUCAUUUUCUUCAAUGGUAUACAUUUGACAGAAGGAGUCUGUUCGCUUCUCUUUUACUUCUUCUUUUUCUGCAUCACCUCCGACUCGAACAUUCUGGUGCUGAUAAGUAUUCAGAGGUACUAUCAGAUUCUUCACCACAAGAAAUGGUCCAAGCUGAAGCGGAUAUGGCAGCGUGUUUCACUGUUUGCUGUGUGGAUGCUCGGAGCCCUGGUGGCUCUUCCAGCUGUGUUUUUACUAAGAGAGGUGGAAAUCGAGGACGAGUGGACUGACGGUCACUCCUGCAAGAAUAAGAGGAUUGAGCCGGUGCUUGAAACAUUCUACAUCUCAUUUAUGGUUUUCAGCCAGUUUGUCGUGUUGUCCUUCUACCUGCUACUUGUUAGAGGGGUCAAUCGAGCUCAAAUGCCUGCCAAGAAACAGGACAAAACAAAUAAACUUUUCAUGCGAAUAAUCGCCGUCUCUCUGGUUUUUGGCUUUUCUCCUCUCGUUCUUCGCACAAUGUACGUGGCUGCUCUUUUCACGGAAUCAGACAGACUGCUUCGAGUCAGUAAGAUGCUGACAUUUGUGGAAUGUUUAUACUUUUUCAAUCCCUGUCUGAAUCCAUUCCUGUAUUUCUUCGCGUCUCGGCAUUACAGAAAAGAAGGCGGCACAAAGAGAAGGUGUCUCCUCAUGCCACUUAAUGACGUAUAAUACAUGUUCAAUCGCAGUCCAGUUGUUGAGGUUUUGUGUUCUUGUUUUCAGUUUUGUGAUUUAUCAUUUCAUGUGUGAUUUGUUACCCCCCUGUGUCACUUGUUUCAGAUUCCUCACUUCCUGCCCUCGUGUUUCCCGCCUGGGUGAUUAACUACCCCACCCUGAUUAGUUUCACCUGGCUUUCAUUACCCUCUCUUCCUUGUGUAUUCAGUGUGUGUCAUUCCUUUUGUCUGUGCCAGUUGGUCUUCACUGUUCUAGUAAGCGUUCCGUCAUCUAUACCGACUUCUGAAAUCUUCAAGUAAAGACUUUAAUUUUUCAUGGUUCCACCAUUAUUAUCGCUUGUACGUCCAGAUAAUAUGGUCCCUGCAUUAUUAAUGGUUUCAUGUUUUAUACUUCUUCAGACUAACUGAUUGAUUGUCUUGAUUGAUCAAGUUCAGAUAAACUUGAUCAAGUUAAGUACAAAAAUUUCUGUAAAUGUUUCUGUUGUUUUUAAUUUUACUACUGUUGCCUCUUUUUAAUAUAUCUAUUAUUAAAUUAAUUUGUUUGUUUUAGUUUGUGCUUUAAUUUUUACAGCAUGUCAUGGAACCUUUAAACAAUGAUUAAAUGUUUUUUUAAUAUUUCUUUGUCGUAUUUUGGACAACCUGAAAUCUUGAUCAGAUGGUGGCGCUACAUAAAAAGUUAUGAAACAACUUAUCCUGAGAGGAACGUGAAUGUCUGCCAUCCCAAGUGCUAUCAAUGUGCUUCAUCGCAAAUAGCACUCUGGCUGUAUUCCUUGAACUUCCUUUGCACUCUUUGCACUUUGCAGUCUUGUAUAUGUGUAGCUACUUAGUAUGGUAUGAAUUUCCAUUUCCUUGCUCUGGCUCUGUUGAUUAAUGGCUUUAAUGUGUUGUUGAUGAUCUUUGUAUUUUGAUUUUAGGUUUUUAUGUGAACCCUGGCAACUAAAUAAAUUUCC